AUGCCUGUCAUGACAGGCAUGACCGGCAUGACUGGCAUGACAGGCAUGACUGGCAUGACAGGCAUGACCGGCAUGACUGGCAUGACUGGCAUGACAGGCAUGACUGGCAUGACAGGCAUGACUGGCAUGAUUGGCAUGACAGGCAUGACUGGCAUGACAGACAUGACUGGCAUGACUGGCAUGACAGGCAUGACUGGCAUGACUGGCAUGACAGGCAUGACUGGCAUGACUGGCAUGACAGGCAUGACAGGCAUGACUGGCAUGACAGGCAUGACUGGCAUGACAGGCAUGACCGGCAUGACUGGCAUGACUGGCAUGACAGGCAUGACUGGCAUGACUGGCAUGACAGGCAUGACUGGCAUGACUGGCAUGACAGGCAUGACAGGCAUGACUGGCAUGACAGGCAUGACAGACAUGACAGGCAUGACUGGCAUGACAGGCAUGACAGGCAUGACUGGCAUGACAGGCAUGACUGGCAUGACUGGCAUGACUGGCAUGACUGGCAUGACAGGCAUGACUGGCAUGCCUGUCAUGAGAUAG